AUGGAGAAAGCCACCCAUACCGCUGAAGAACGUGCUUCCAUUCUCUUUAAACAUAACAGAAUCUAUCACCACAACCUGGUGAGGCUCAAUUAUACAACUUACGAUGUUCAAAGGGCUCAAGACGUCAUCAAUCCGAGAACCCCUCAUUGCAACAUCAUGCUGCUCCAACAUGAUGAUGGGUGCGAUGGUCACUACCAUUAUGCCAAGGUCCUCGGUAUACACCACAUCAACAUUGUUCGCGCCGGGAAUGUGUAUGAAUCUCGUCAAACAGAGUUCCUUUUCAUGCGGUGGUAUGAGUCUGUACAAGACCAUGCAUGGGAAACGCAUAAUUUGUGCUGUGUUCAUUUCCUGCCUCUAGCGAAUCUGGGAGCAUUCGGCUUCGUGGACCCGGGUGCUGUGCUGAGGGCAUGUCAUAUUAUUCCAGCUUUCUCUCGAGGCCAGCGCAACUUGAAUGAUGGGAUUUCUCCUGUAGCAGGAGAUAAACACGAUUGGAAAGAGUACUACAUUAAUAGGUGA